AUGUUUCGGAUCAACAUCGCUUUCGUGUUCAUGAUCGCGCUGCUUUCAGUCAAGCACGGCAUGGGCAACCCACUCUCAACCCCAGCUGCGGAUAGUGUUACUGAGAAUAAUGCCGAGAUAGUAUCGUCCACCAAAGGUGAACGUGAUGUCCAAGAAUAUUCACCUGGUAGUGUCACCACCAAAGAAGAACGAGAUGCGACACCUUUGUCGACUAGCAACGACGACGGUACACUGACUGUGACAAAGUUCAAUGGACAUGGUUUCAAGCAGACAUUGGGUAAUCUUUUUGGCAUUACCACUCGUCGACUUCGACACGUGUGA